AGAGAACGAUGGCCGGGUCGCCGAUCGCCGCCCCGGUCGCUGGGGCACCGCCGCAUUUGCCGCGGUCGAUCGGGCCCUUGAAGUGAACCCGUUCCCCAUGCGCGCGCGCGGGGGCGUCUUCCUCCUUCCUCCUCGUCUCUUCUCUCCAGCCGUUCGUUCGCUCGGCCUCUCUCCCCAACCGGGCCGAGGGGAGAAGGAAGGUGACCCUGACCGGGGCCGGGGGGAGGGAAGGAUUGUUCGGGAUCCCGGGAAUCAAUCAAUGGCGUCGUCGGCGUCGGCGUCGGCGAACUCGUCGCCCGUCAGGUGGGGCCUCAAGGAGCAGCGCAGCGUCUACCUCCGCUGGUUCUACAUCGCCGACGACGACGGGGACGGGCGCGUGACGGGGAAAGACGCGCUCAAGUUCUUCGCCAUGUCCAACCUCGCCAGGGACGAGCUCAAGCAGGUUUGGGCAAUCGCUGAUUCCAAACGUCAGGGCUACCUUGGAUUCGCGGAAUUCAUGGCUGCCAUGCAGCUGGUUUCUCUGGCACAAGCAGGGCAGGAGAUCAGUAAAGACACCAUUGCACACGCAGAUUUGGAUAACCUACAGCCUCCGACAAUGGAAGGUCUGGAUAAAAAACUAAAAAAGAAGUCUGCAAACAGGAGCAGCUCCGACAUUACUGCAUACCAUCCAACCGAGUCACCUUUGUCAUCUAGCUGGUUUAACUCUAAGUCGGGAAAGAAGAUUACUUUGAAAUCAGUUACUUCAAUUAUUGAUGGACUAAAGAAAUCAUACAUAGAGAAGUUGAGGCCUUUAGAAAAAACUUAUCAGUAUAAUGACUUUGUUUCACCUUUGCUGACUAGCAGCGAUUUCGAUGCGAAGCCAAUGAUCAUGCUAUUGGGUCAAUAUUCCACGGGAAAAACCACAUUCGUAAAACAUUUACUAAAGACAAGUUAUCCAGGAGCUCAUAUUGGACCAGAGCCCACAACCGACAGAUUUGUUGUCAUAACUUCUGGACCAGAUGAGAGAUGCAUUCCUGGGAACACAAUUGCGGUUCAAGCUGACAUGCCAUACAGUGGGCUAUCAGCGUUUGGAACCGCGUUUUUAUCGAAGUUUGAGUGUUCUCAGAUGCCUCACCAAUUACUGGAGCACAUAACCUUUGUGGACACUCCUGGAGUUCUAUCAGGGGAGAAGCAGAGAACGCAGCGCAGCUACGAUUUCACUGGAGUCACGUCAUGGUUCGCAGCCAAGUGUGACCUGAUCCUUCUCCUGUUUGAUCCACAUAAGCUCGACAUCAGCGACGAGUUCAAGCGGGUGAUUGGGUCGCUAAAAGGGAACGAUGACAAAAUACGCAUAGUUCUCAACAAGGCAGACCAAGUUGACGCACAACAGCUGAUGAGAGUCUACGGAGCACUGUUAUGGUCGCUUGGGAAAGUCCUCAACACACCUGAAGUCAUGCGCGUCUACAUAGGGUCGUUCAACGACAAGCCGAUCAGGGAGACGGCGGCCGGGCCACUGGGCAUGGAGCUGUUCGAGCGAGAGCAGGAGGACCUGAUGUCGGACCUCAACGACAUCCCAAAGAAGGCAUGCGACCGCCGGAUCAAUGAGUUUGUGAAGCGGGCUCGGUCGGCGAAGGUGCAUGCGUACAUAAUCGGGCACCUGAAGAAGGAGAUGCCGGCGCUGAUGGGGAAAGGCAAGGCGCAGCAGCGGCUGCUGGAGACGCUGGAGGAGCAGUUCGACAAGGUGCAGAAGGAGAUGCGGCUGCCGGCGGGGGAUUUUCCCAGCGUCGAGGAGUACCGGGACACGUUGAGCGCGUGCAACUUCGACCGUUUCGAGAGGCUCCGGCCCAAGAUGCUCCAGGCCGUCGACGACAUGCUCGCCUACGACAUCCCCGAUCUCCUCAAGCAGUUCAGGAACCCCUACGACUGAGGUUGAUGAUUCUCCGAGAAAAAUUCCUGCGUUUCGUUUCUACUACUCCAGGAUUCUGAAUUUUUGCCCUGGGAUGACUUAUUACAGGAGUGAUACAUAGAGCUUCAGGUAGUGAGUGAGAUGUAAGAAGUAGUAGGUGGAGACCUGACCGUUUGGUCUGCGUACACGACUGCCUUUGCACCGUGGAACGUCUUACGUUUUACUUGGUCA